UAUUCCGCUCUAGACAAUGGGCGCUGCCAUGACACCGACUCCGGUGUCUUACUUCCGGUUUGAGGUGAUUGACCGUGAUUAAAUAUGAGUUCAGGCACCACUUGUGCGGUUGUUGGUUGCUCAAAUAAUUCUAAGAAAAUUAAAAACCUUUUAGAAACUGAGUGCUUUGAUCACAAAAUAAGAAGGAGAGAAUGUCCUUGUCCGGUUCCCUAUCGGCUACAUUCAAUGCCACAGAGCAGACGUUUAGACUGGCUAGCUGUGCUUAAACUGAAACAUCUGCCGAAAAAAGUUUAUGUCUGUUCGCACCAUUUCGUUCACAAACGACCCACCGAAGACCAUCCCAACCCGGAAUUAUUCCUUGGAUACGACAGACCAGUAGUGAAGAAGAGACGAACAAUUGUUUGUGUCGAAGCGACAGCAACAGCAGAAGUGACAGACCAGGAGGAUGAGGGCAUACCUGAGGUGCCACAACAACCAUCACACAGCACUGUUUCCAGCCAGUGGGAAGAUCCAUCGCUCUGGGACCACAGCUAUGGUGAACAGCAGGGUGUUGAGGAGACGGCCGAAGAUGCCACAACACAAACUGAAGAUUUCAGCUAUUCCAUGCUUCAGAGUGAUGCAGAUUCGUUCCUCUACACUGGAGUCUCACUGGAAACCUUCAACUCUCUUGUUUCCACCUUAGAAGGAUUUGCUGAAAGGGCUUCUGUUUUGUCAGUGCGUGAUCAGAUACUAAUGACACUGAUCAAAUUGAAAUUGAAUCGUGUGCUUGGUGACCUUGGUAGGCAGUUUCAUGUGUCUCAGAGUGUAGCCAGUAAGGUCAUCUCUUUCUGGAUCGAUAAAAUGGAGGAGGUCUUACGCCCUCUUAUUAUCUGGCUUCCAAAAGAAACCAUUAAGGCCACCAUGCCAACUGCAUUCAAGCGCUUUUUCCCCAACACCACCUGUGUCAUCGACUGUAGCGAGAGUUUGUUACAGAAGGCGAAAAAUCUUGACUCUAGAGGAGAGUCCUACAGCCAUUACUACUCGCACAAUACAAUCAAGUACCUUGUUGUUGUUGCCCCAUGUGGCUUAAUCAUGUUUAUCUCAAGUGGAUAUGGAGGACGCGCCAGUGACAAGUUUAUCACUAUGAACUCUGGUAUCUUGGACUAUUUGAGGCCUGGAGAUGAAGUCAUGGCAGAUCGUGGGUUUUUAAUUCGUGAUUUAUUGUUUGAAAGAAGGGUCAAAUUGGUUCUGCCCGCUUUCACUAGAGGGGGUUCUCAGCUAACUGAGGAACAAGUCACAGCAACUCGCAGGAUUGCAAAUGUGCGGAUUCAUGUUGAGAGAGCAAUUAGGCGACUUAAAGUAUAUAAGAUCUUGUCUCAUGUCAUACCAAUAAACAUGACGCCCAAAAUUGAAAAAAUCCUCAGAAUCUGUGCGGCCCUAGCCAACUUAAGGGGUGAUCUCAUCUGUGAGCGAUAGGUGACAACGGUUGUGUUCUGAUGCUGUUGGGGUAGGGGUAGGGCGCGCGCGCGCACACACACACACACACACACACACACACACACACACACACACACACACACACACUUUAUACAUCUACAGAAAGGUUUACAGAAAGACUGAUUACAAAAAGACUGAUUACACAAUAUGUGACCUGAAAUUGAUUUAAUAACACUACUUUGUACAUCUACAUAAAUUGCUCCUGUAUAUUUCAUAUUGACACUUGCUUCCUUUUGUAAUUUGUACUGUUUAUAUUUACUUUUUGUAUAAGAUUUGUUGUUUACAGAAAGACUGAUUACACAAUAUGUGACAUUAAACUGAUUUAAUAACA